AUGCCGGCUGAGAGGCGCUCGCUGAGAUCAAACAGCAAGUCAGAUACCUCGUCAUCUGCUAACGGUGACAAGGCCAGCUCCAAGAAAGAUAAGCCGGCGCCUACCCGCGCCGCUGCCAACAAGGCCAAAUCGGCCGCUCCCUCGAAAGCCGCCUCAUCCAACAGCUCCGCCAACCCCGGCAUGGGCGAACAGCGCGAUCAGUCGCGGGCCAACGGGUCCGACCCGGCAGAGAAGGGCGUGAACGGCUCGGAGGACGUCGAGAUGGGAGAGGAUACGGCAGGUGGGCCUACAUCUUCAUUCAACGCCAGUCAGGGCCGCAAAGGUGACGAGAAGAUGACUGUUGUAGUGCCCCCUACCAAGGGUUCCAGGCUAUCCGGCGAGAAAGGUGCGGACCAAGAAGGUGACGUCGCCAUGGAGGGCGCCGAGGAGGAUGCGGAGCCGGAGGUUGACCCCAAGGUCAAGGCCAUCCAAGACAUCAAGACCAACUUCACACUCCUCGAACGCGCGGUCGCCCACUUCGACCCCAGAUUCACCCUCCGCGUCCUGCGCUCGAUAUCGUCCAUGCGCAAGCACGUCACCGCCGAGGUGCUGUCCGAGGUCAUCGUGGAGACCUACCCCCAGUCCAGUUCCACCGCCUCGUUCCUGCUGAGUGCCAUCGAGCAAGCCGGCGCCUUUGACGGCAGCUCGAAGAUGGAGGUCGAGUCGGACAAGUCCAAGCCUGCCCCCAAGGAGGUCCUGCCCGAGGUGGAUACCUAUCUGUCGAUCCUGGUCCAGAUCUAUCUGUUCGAUAGGAAGGAGAUCCAGAAGGGCGCGGAGUUCUCGACCAACCUGAUCGAGCGGCUGCGGACGGUCAACCGCCGCACCCUUGACUCGCUGGCGGCUCGCGUCUACUUCUACUACUCCCUCUUCUUCGAGCAGAUUGCCCCCCUGCCCCCGUCCCCGGCCGCCACCGUCACUCAGAUCCGCCAGCCCCUGCUGGCUGCUCUGCGCACGGCCGUGCUCCGGAAGGACGUGGACACGCAGGCGACCGUGAUGACGCUCCUGCUGCGCAACUACCUGUCGACGUCUCACAUCUCGCAGGCCGAUCUCCUCAUCUCGCACAACCGAUUCCCCCCGUCGGCAUCCAACAACCAGAUCGCCCGCUACCUCUACUACCUGGGCCGCAUCCGUGCCAUCCAACUGCAGUACACGGAGGCCCACGGACACCUGAUCGGAGCCACCCGGAAGUCGCCCUCCAGCCCCAGUGCGCGCGGGUUCUACCAGGCCUCGCACAAGCUGCUGGUCGUGGUUGAGCUCCUCAUGGGCGACAUCCCCGACCGCGCCAUCUUCCGGCAGGCGGCGCUGGAACGGGCGAUGCACCCGUACUUCCUGCUCGUCCAGGCGGUGAGUGUCGGGGACCUGGACGGGUUCCUGAACAUUGUAAAUACCCACAGCGCCACGUUCCGCAAGGAUGCCACGUACACGCUCAUCCUGCGCCUGCGGCAGAACGUCAUCAAGACGGGCAUCCGCAUGAUGUCGCUGUCGUACUCGCGCAUCUCGCUGCGGGACAUCUGCCUGCGCCUCGGCCUGGACAGCGAGGAGUCGGCCGAGUACAUCGUGGCCAAGGCGAUCCGCGACGGCGUGAUCGAGGCGAGCCUGGACCACGAGCGGGGCUUCAUGAAGAGCAAGGAGGUGGGCGACAUCUACGCCACCCGCGAGCCCGGGGAGGUGUUCCACGAGCGUAUCCGGGCCUGCUUGAGUCUCCACGACGAGAGCGUCAAGGCCAUGCGGUUCCCCAUGAACCAGCACCGUCUGGAGCUGAAGAGCGCACAGGAGGCCCGGGAGCGCGAGCGGGAGUUGGCCAAGGAGAUCCAGGAGGGCGACAUGGACGACGAGGAUGCGGGCGGCGACUUCGACGCCAUCUACUCGUCUCCGUCCCCGUCCCGUCCCCCGAUCAUGAAGGCCCGCGUGGUGCCGGCCUCCGGGCUGGUGCUUUCGUCACGCGUCACGACCACGCCCUCGCCCUCGCCCUCGCCGAUAAUCUGCUGGCAAUGCCUCCGCAAUGACCUCCUCCUCACAAGCUCUGCCCAGCUGCAGACGCGACAGUACCACCCCACGAGACGGAGGGAGGUCUCCCCCUUCGGGGCUGCGGUCACGGCCGCCCAGACCAUCUUCAAGGGCCUGCCCAAGGCGCCCCCCGGCAUCUCCGUCGACCCAUUGCGCAUGGUGGGCAAGGAGCUCAAGUUCCUGACGAAGAACCUUCGCCAGCUGCUGGGGUCCGGUCACCCGACGCUGGACAAGGUCGCCAAAUACUACACCCGGAGCGAGGGGAAACACAUGCGGCCCCUGCUGGUGCUGUUGAUGUCUCAGGCGACCGCGUUGUGUCCCCGGACGGCGGAGACGGACCGCAACUCGGCGACGGUGAACGACCCCAUCAGCUCCCACUCGAUCCUGGUCGACAACAACCCGGACCUGAACUCGCUCUCGUCCACGGGCGGAGACACGCCGUCGUACGACUUCACCGGCGACAAGGACAUCCUGCCGACGCAGCGCCGACUGGCGGAGAUCACCGAGCUGAUCCACACCGCGUCCCUCCUCCACGACGAUGUCAUCGACAACGCCGAGACCCGCCGCUCGUUCACGUCCGCCAACCUGCAAUUCGGAAACAAGAUGGCCGUGCUGGCGGGAGACUUCAUGCUGGGCCGGGCCUCCGUGGCGCUGGCCCGGUUGAGGGACCCCGAGGUCAUCGAGCUGAUGUCGACUGUGAUCACCAACCUGGUCGAGGGCGAGUUCAUGCAGCUGAAGAACACGGCUGCGGACGAGAAGAACCCGGUCUUCAAGGACGACACCCUCUCGUACUACCUGCAGAAGACGUACCUGAAGACGGGCAGCUUGAUCAGCAAGUCCUGCCGGUCGACCGCGGUGCUGGGCCACAGCGUCCCCGAGAUCGUGGAGGCGGCGUACCAGUACGGACGCAACCUGGGGCUGGCGUUCCAGCUGGUGGACGACAUGCUGGACUACACGGUGAGCGAGGCCGAGAUGGGCAAGCCGGUGGGUGCCGACCUGGAGCUGGGCCUGGCGACGGCGCCCCUGCUUUUCGCCUGGAAGCAGUACCCGGAGCUUGGUCCUCUGGUGGGACGGAAGUUCAGCCAGGCCGGCGAUGUGCAGAAGGCCCGUGAACUCGUGAUCAAGGCCGACGGCGUCGAACAGACGCGUCUCCUGGCCCGGGAAUACGCCGACAAGGCCAUUGUCUCUCUCUCCGACUUCCCCGACAGCGAGGCCAAGGCCGGCCUGGUCCAGAUGUGCGAGAAGACCAUGAACCGGCGCAAGUAAGGGAGGCGGAUCACAUAUCGGCGUCGUCUUCGUUGUUUAUAUUGGGCGCUCGUCUCCGGCCCGUGUACCAUCAUCAUCAUCAUCAUCAUCAUCAUCCAUCAUCAGCACUGCUACUAUCAGUAUCUAUAUUUUCCUGUCUUUAUUAUGGCGCGUCUGCUGGUAUAGACCUACUUCUCUCCGCUGUGUGGUUGAUCGAGAGCCUCGACUGGGGGGGGUAAUAGAUUCAUGGAUUAUUUUAUUUUAUUGUAUUCUAUCUGUUUUAUACAAUUUCAUUUCGG